GGGGCGGUGCAAGCGCCGCCAGCCCGCCCCGCCAGCGCGGCCCCGGCCUUUGGCUGUCGGGCCCCGGCUCUCCUUUCUGCCGGUAUCGCGCUCCUGCUUCCCGGAGACGUCAUGAGGUCCCCGAUUCGGGGCCUGGCCUCGAGCGAUGGCGAGGAGGGUUCAGAUAGGACGCCCCUCUUGCAGAGCACUCCGCGGGUGGAAGCCGCUCCAGUAUGCUGCUCUGCUCGCUACAACUUAGCACUUUUGGCUUUUUUCGGUUUCUUCGUUCUCUAUGCAUUACGUGUCAAUCUGAGUGUUGCCUUAGUGGAUAUGGUAGAUUCAAAUACAACUUUAGAAGAUAACAGAACCUCUAAGGAGUGUGCAGAACAUUCUGCUCCCAUAAAAGUUCAUCAUAAUCAAACGGGUAAAAAGUACCAGUGGGAUGCGGAAACUCAAGGAUGGAUUCUCGGUUCUUUUUUUUAUGGCUACAUCAUCACCCAGAUUCCUGGAGGAUAUAUUGCCAGCAAAGUGGGGGGGAAACUGCUGCUAGGAUUUGGGAUCCUUGGCACUGCUGUCUUUACCCUGUUCACUCCCAUUGCUGCAGAUUUGGGAGUUGGAGCCCUCAUUGUACUCAGGGCACUAGAAGGAUUGGGAGAGGGUGUUACAUUUCCAGCUAUGCAUGCCAUGUGGUCUUCUUGGGCUCCCCCUCUUGAGAGAAGCAAGCUUCUUAGCAUUUCAUAUGCAGGAGCACAGCUUGGGACAGUAAUUUCUCUUCCUCUUUCUGGAAUAAUUUGUUUCUAUAUGAAUUGGACUUAUGUCUUCUACCUUUUUGGUAUAGUUGGCAUCGUUUGGUUUAUUUUAUGGAUCUUUUUCGUUAGCGAAACGCCAGAAACUCACAAGACAAUCUCCCGCCAUGAAAAAGAAUAUAUUCUUUCAUCAUUAAAAAAUCAGCUUUCUUCACAGAAGUCAGUGCCAUGGACACCCAUGCUAAGAUCAUCGCCUCUUUGGGCUAUUGUAGUUGCACAUUUUUCUUACAACUGGACCUUUUAUACUUUAUUGACGUUAUUGCCUACUUACAUGAAGGAGAUCCUAAGGUUCAAUGUUCAAGAGAAUGGGCUACUCUCUGCACUGCCUUAUUUUGGCUGUUGGUUAUGUAUGAUCCUGUCUGGUCAAGCUGCUGACAAUUUAAGGGCAAAAUGGAAUUUUUCAACAAUAUGUGUCCGAAGAGUUUUUAGCCUGAUAGGAAUGAUUGGACCUGCAGUAUUCCUUGUAGCCGCUGGAUUUAUAGGUUGUGAUUAUUCAUUGGCUGUUGCAUUCUUAACCAUAUCGACAACACUGGGAGGCUUUUGCUCUUCUGGAUUUAGCAUCAACCAUCUGGAUAUUGCUCCUUCGUAUGCUGGUAUCCUGCUGGGCAUCACAAAUACAUUUGCCACUAUUCCAGGAAUGGUUGGGCCUGUCAUUGCUAAAAGUCUGACCCCUGAUAACACUAUUAGAGAAUGGCAAACAGUUUUCUACAUCGCUGCUGCUAUCAAUGUGUUUGGUGCCAUUUUCUUCUCGCUAUUUGCCAAAGGUGAAGUGCAAAAUUGGGCUCUCGACGAUCGACAUGGGCACAAAAACUGAAGGAACCAAUAAAUAAUCCUGUCUCUAUUGAAGUAUUUUUGUUUAUCAUGUAACCUAAAAGUGCCUUUGAUAUUUUAAAUGUGUAUGCAGUCUAUAUAAGAAAAAACUGGAUGAAAUUUUUAAGGCUUGUAAUCAUGAAAUGUCACAAGUUGCCAGAUUAGUAAAAUUCGCUAUUUUUAAUCAUUAAUAACAUGUAUCCUGUAACUUGCACUUGAGGGUCAUAUAUCUGGCUGUAAAUCAGG